AUGAAUUCCUUGUCUCUGGGGUGUCCAACUCUCUCUAGCCCGCUCGGUGCCCAGCGGCUAAGGCAGCCGUGGGAGAGACUGGGAACUGGGCGUCGCGAUUUUCCCGCCGGCAGCGCGCGGGAGUGCGCGGAGUGGGCGCGCAGUGGGCACCCCUGGCGUUCUGCGCGCCUGCUGACGCUCGCCGCGCGAGCACCAGGAGGGGGAGACUCGGACUCGCUUAUCCCCAGCUGUGCUCACUUCAAACUGCCCGGGCUGGGGGAGUUGAGAGCGCGCAGACAGGACGAGAAAACUUCUCCUCCACCUAGAAAGUUUCACCUUGGCCGGGGCGGGGGAGGGGCGGGAGGAAACGCGACCCCCGCGGGGACUGGCGCGCGCGCGGGUGAGAAGGGGCGGAGGGAGCGCGGCCGGCUGACGGACCCGGCGCUCGGCUCGGCCCCGCCGCAGGUGACCCGGACGCUCUCGCAGCCCGGAGCGCCACGAGCGCUUUGUGACCAGAUGCGGAACCCAGCGGAGGGCGCAAGCCAGAUGCGGGGCGACAGCUGACUUGCGGCGGCGAGGCGCGGAGCACGCGGGUGGUCUCUGCGCGACUGACGGCUCCGCGGUUCUCGGACACCGCAAGGUAAAGCUACGGCUCGCUUCGGACCCCGCACCCCACCCUUCGGCCCCAGCGUUCUGCUCUUUGUUCCCC